GUAGAUAGGUGGGGGUUUCCAACAUGCAGCUGGGUCCAGAGCUUUUCUUUUUUCCACAGCAGUCAGGGCUGCCUCAGUACUGGCGAGAGUGCCCAGAGCUCACAGAAUGAAUCCCUCCUGGGGCUUCCUGGGUGCUGCCAGAGUGGCCAUGCUGGCUUCUGGCCCAGACUCCUCUGGGUCUCGCCUGCCACGCACAUUGCACCAAUUUACUGAUGUACACAUGCCACUGACCCUGCUGCAGAUGCUGUCCUGAUGCUUUGAACCUAGUCUGGACCCAGUAGCAUCUCCCCCAUGAAUUUGUCAGCCAGUGGGUCCUUGCUACAUGCACCCAGACCCAGAGAGAUGGGCAGACAGGAGUUGCUUCUCACAGAGAGGCAAAUAUUUUAUUCCAUGUGCCUCAUACUUCUCACAUCAGAUGCACACAGAUGGCACCCUUCACACAACAGACAGACAUAACCUAUACCACCCAGAAACAAUAUAGAGCAUGCUACACACACCUCAGCAUGCCCCAACACAUCACCGAUGCGUGCCUCACACUUCUAACAGGCAUUGUACGUCUUAUGCCACCGAACAUACACCCGACACAGGCAGACACGGCAUGCUGCAAACACUACACAGAUACAGGACACGUGGUGCUUACAGGCCUAUGUCUCAUGCUCUCCAGAUGCAUAUAAUACACACCAUGCCUCAUACUGGCACACGUCUGAUCAGCACAUGACACCCCUUGUACACACACACCACGUACUCUCACUUCACACACCAACACAGAUGCACACAUUUCAGAAACAACCUCAUGCACAACACAAAGACACGUGUACCUCAAACACUUCAGCGACAUAUGGAAAGAGGUGUGCGCACAAGUACCCCCAGGUAUUCCUGUACACCAGAGGUGGCCAACCUGCUGCACAUGUGCCACAGGUAGCACAGGCAGGUACCACAUGUGGCAGGCAGUAAAUCAGGCAGGAAGCACGGAACAGAGUAGCAAAUAGGGCAGGGAGCAGAAAGCAGAGCAGCAGUUCAGGCAAGGGAAGAGGAUUGGAGUGGUACUUGGGGAGGUCCCAGCUGUUGUACACAAACACGGCUGGCCUGAGGCUUCGACGCACCUCCUGCUGGGGGCUGGUUCAGACACUCCCAGCCCCAGUUCCCAUCCAGCUGAGAGCCAUGGGCCAUCCCCUCCCAUCACUGCACCAGUUCCAGCAACUCGGCAGAGCUCAUUCUUGUGGCCAGAAAGGGCUUCAGCAUCCUAGAGACCUACCCACAGGAACGCACAGCCACCAGCACACACGCACUCUCACAGACAAGGCACGUCCUCAGGGGCACACCCACAGCAGAGGCAAGCACGCCCCUAGGAGAAACUCUGGCAGGCAAAGCUCUCACAUACUGCAAAGCAGACCCACGUAGACAAGGCACACAUGUAGUGACUGCGAGCGCAAACACACAUACACACGCACGGAAACAAUGGCAAGCAAGGCGAACAGACGCUGAGAAUUUGACCCAAGGCAAACACACAUACAUACACACGCAGAAGCAGCUACAGGAACGCACACAAACUGGGACAUUAGAGGCAGAUCCACGCAGGCAAAAAAAACAGAUGCACAUACUCCGAGGAACAAUCACAGAUUUACAAACAGGACACCAAGAAAUGCACACACGGGAACACACUUACUGAAGAACUCAUUCUUUCUCUCUCUUCCUCUACUUCUCCCCCUGUCUUUCUCUCCCUCUCCCCCCCCACCCUCACAAACACACACACACAUACACUAAAGCACUUCCAAACUCUCCUACUCCAGGCAGGCACGCGCUAUCCCUGCCUAAGGGCUACUGGCUCUUGAUUUAUCUGCUGCAGGAAGGCAUCCAGAAUGUAGCCCCACCAAUUCCAGUCCACCCCAUGCGAGCUUGGAGGGCAUGGGAUAGGUAACCCUGACCUGCCACAGGGAACAGAGCUGGCCAGGGAGAAUUGCAUCUAGGAGGACCCCAAACUCGCUGCUCCUCUUCUCUGCAGAACCUCCAGGCUCCCGAUGGAGCUGCUGCUGCUGCUGCCCAUCUUGUGGCCAUCCUGGCUCCCAGUUACCCAGGCAAAGGUUGACAGAUGCAAUGAGACAACCUCAGAGGGGCCUGCGGAGGAUGAAGCAAUGCCUAGCAAGAGUGGGACCCUCCUAAAUGUGAGUGUCAGUGACCAGGGCCACUCGGACUCUCUCUUCCUGUCCUGGGAUGAACCAGAGGGGGAUGCUCUGGGCUACUCCCUGGCCCUCUACGCGCUGGAGCCGGACUCGCUGCUGCAGAAUGGAUCAGCUGGACCCAACGCCACCAGCUUCCAGUUCAAAGGGCUCGUUCCGGGGACGCACUAUCGUGCUGAGGUCACCGCUGCUCUAACUUGUGCAGCAGUCAUCAGAGAGGUGGUGACUGGACAGACAAGCCCAUCACCUGUACACAACGUGAGCCUGAGCAACCGUGGGAGCACCUCAGCCCUGCAUGCCUCCUGGGUGGAUGCCUCUGGCAAAAAGGAUGGCUACCGGCUCGUCCUCUAUCACCUUGAUUCCCAGGUUGCUGUGCGCAAUGAGUCUGUCCUCGCAGAUGUCUCCGCAUUCCUGUUUGAGGGGCUGCUGGCUGGCAGUGAGUAUGCCCUGAAGAUCACCACGCUAGCUGGGGCUAGCCAGGCCAGUACCAGCAUCCACCAGUGGACAGCACCCUCUGCCCCAGAAGAACUGAGGCUCCAGAACCUGGGCUCCAGCACCAGCCUCUUUGCCUCCUGGACCAAUGCUGGGGGAGCUGCCUGGCUGCACCUCGAGCUUCACAGCCUCCCCUCCCCAACAGUGAGCAAGGCCAUAUCCACCAAGAGAGGCCUCACCAACUACACCUUCCAGCACCUGGACCCUGGCACCCAGUAUCACCUGGCGGUGAGUGCCACGGCUGGAACCUACAUGGCAUCAGGGCCCGAUGCCACAGCCUGGACAUGCCCACUAAGCCCAACCAAUGUGUCCUUGAGCAGUGAUGGGGACAAUGGCUCCUUACAGGCUCAGUGGAGCUCCCCAGCUGGAAACAGAGACUUGUAUGUGGUGACCUUGCAGCAGGAAGAGAGUAAAACCCCCACCAGGAAUGUGUCUGUGGGAGGAGACAGCACUCGCAUCACAUUUCACAGUCUGAGCCCUGGGAAGCAGUACACCGUGCAGGUGACAGCAAUGGCUGGCCCUUACAGAGCAUCCUCCCAGAGUGCAGCCACCUGGACACAACCUGUAGCACCACCUGGUGCAAGGCUCUCCAGCCAGGGAAGCCCCUCUACCCUGCACGCUUGUUGGGAGGAGGCUACUGGAUCAGGGUAUAAGGUGGAGUUAUACACCAUGGAGCCCCAUGCACUGGUGUUGAGCAGUUCUGUACAGAGGAGCAUCACCAACCUUACCUAUGAGGGACUGAGCCCAGGGACCCAGUACACCCUUGUGAUCAGGACGAUAGCUGGGCUGCAUGCCUCUCCACCCCUGCAGAUUGCCAACUGGACAUAUCCAUUGCCACCAGAAGAGCUGAGCCUCAACAACCGUGGACACAGCACCUCAUUGUACGCCUCCUGGAAAGGAGCUCCUGCUGUCAGCAUCAUUCACUACAGAGGUGUCCUUUUUGAGACCAAGUCUCAGGUACAGAUCAGGAAUGUGUCCCUGGAGAAAAGCUGGACUAAUAUCACCUUUGAGGGGCUGAGCCCUGGACGUCAGUACACCCUGGAGAUGGCUGCUGUGGCUGGACCUUACACAUCCCCAGUGUGCACAGCCAUGGACUGGACGUACCCUUUGGCUCCAUCUGGCGUGACUCUGACCAGUAAAAAACAUUCCUUCGGUCUCUCUGCCUUUUGGGACAAGGCUUCUGGUGACAGGGACGAGUUCCUACUCCAGCUGUACAGCAGGGAGCACCCAGUGCAAAGGAACAUCUCAGUUGGGCCAGACACCCAGAACUUCACUUUCCUAGGGCUUCUUCCUGGAACUCAGUAUUUCCUAGAGGUGACAGCACUGGCAGGGCCUUACAGCACCUCAUCACAGCCUGCAACUGAAUGGACAUACCCUUUGUCACUGGCUAACGUGAGUGUACGCCAAGGCCAGAGCCCCCAGGAGCUGCAUGUGAGCUGGAUGGAGUCAGGUGGGGGCAGAGACCACUGGGUGCAGCUCUAUGCCGAUGAAUCGCUGUCCAUCAUCAGGAAUGUGUCUGUGCCACAUGGUGUCACCCAUGUGGAUCUGGAUGGUCUUGUGCCUGGGGCGCGGUAUCGUGUGGACAUCAUCUCUCAGGCUGGACCCCACCGCACCUCUUCCCAGACAGCCAUCGGCCACACAGCCCCACUGAUGCCGCUCCACCCACUGGUAACCAGUGGCGGUAGCACCUCGGCUCUGGCUGUGCACUGGGAAGCUCCUGCUGGGCAGAGAGAUGGAUACCUGGUGAACGUGUCUGAGGAGGGCUCCUCGGCCGCAGGGAAACAUGUGGCUGCAGGGAAGAACAGCACCAGUGUCACUGUGAUGGGGCUAGCACCAGGAUCUUGCUACCAUGUUGAACUCUGGGCAGUGGCCGGAGCCUACAGCUCUGACCUCCAGAAAGUCACUGGCUGCACAGCUCCUGCUGCUCCGAUGAACGUGAGCCUCACCAAUGCAGGCAGCUCUUCAGUGCUGCAUGCUGCCUGGGCUGAGCCUCCUGGGGGCCGGGACUACUACAGGGUUAUUCUAUACAGCCUGGCAUCCCAGACCACAGAGCAAACUCAGUCCUUGGGGCCUGGUGCCCAGAACAUCACCUGGACACACUUGGCUGCGGGAAGCAAGUUCACUGUGCAGGUCACUGCUGUCAAAGGCCCAUAUGAAUCCUCCUCUCCUAACAUCACCCAAUGGACCUACCCCCUGGCCCCUGCUAACCUCACCCUGGCCAGCCCCUCUGCUUUCACCCUGCAGGCCUCCUGGACAGGGGCAGAGCAGGGAGGUGAGGGCUACACCGUGGAGCUGUAUGAGACCUCCUCUGGCAGCCUUGCCAGCCGGGUCUCACUUGGCUGGGGUGCAAGGAACCACACCUUCUGGAGCCUGAGCCCAGGCACCUGUUACAGCAUGAGAGUGAGUGCUGCAGCGGGGCCCUAUCAUGCCAUUGCCCCCAUCCUCACCCACUGGACACGUCCUCUGGCCCCACUAGCUGUGCACCUGGUGAAUGAGGGGCACCCUGACAUGCUGAGCGCAUCAUGGGGAGCAGCGGCAGGGAGCCAAGACAGCUACACACUAAUCCUGUGCCACGUGGGAUCAGGCACCGUGGUUGCAAGGACCUCUCUUGGGAAAGAUGCCCACAACUUCACCUUUGAGGAUCUGGCCCCGGGACAUGAGUACUUGCUGGAGGUUGUCUCCACAGCUGGACCCUAUUGGGCAUCAGCUGCCAACGUCAGCAAUUGGACCUGUCCUCUGGCCCCACCGUCCCUGCGCCUAGUGAAUGAGGGGCAGCCCGACAGGCUGAGUGCAUCCUGGGAAGCUGCGGCAGGGAGCCGAGACAGCUACAUGCUAACCCUGUACCAUGCGGGAUCAGGCACCGUGGUGGCAAAUGUCUCCCUUGGAAAAGAUGCCCACAACUUCACCUUUGUGGGCCUGGCCCCAGGACACAGGUACAUCCUGGAAGCAGUCUCCAAGGCUGGGCCCUGCUUGACGCCCGCGAGGAACAUCAGUGACUGGACAUACCCACUGCCACCCCUUAAUGUGUACAUGACAAACCAGGGGCACCCUGACAGGCUGACGGCAUCGUGGGGUGCAGCUGCUGGAGAACGAGAUGGCUACCUGCUCACCCUGUACCAUGCGGGCUCAGGUUUUGUGGCAGCCAAUGCUUCUGUUGGGAGAGAUGCCAGCAAGUUCACCUUCUCACGCCUGGCUCCGGGGCACAAGUAUUUGCUAGAGGUGGUCUCUAUGGCUGGGCCAUACGUGGCAUCAGCAGGCAACAUCAGUGACUGGACAACCCCCUUAGUUCCAGCGGAUCUCUCUGCGGUGAUUGGGGAGAAUCGCACACUGCUGUCGGUGUCAUGGGGACCCUCCUCCAGCCAGCAGGACUACUGCCAGCUCUGGCUGCGUGAACCUGGGAACGGCACACUCCCACGACGGCACACCCUGGCCCGGGGGCAGGUCCAGCAUGUGUUCUGGGGGCUGGUCCCAGGCAGAAAUUACUCGGUUUCCUUGAGCUGCGUGGCCGGGCCAUAUUGGAACAGCACAGGAAUCUUGGCAGUGCCAGUAGAACCCAACCCGGUGAAGGACAUGCAGUGUCUGCCUGACUCCAAGGCCUUCUACCUGAACUGGACCGUGCCCAGUGGAGACGUCGAGGCUUAUGAGCUCAUGGUAGAGAGACCGUCCGGUGGAGCUCUCCAGCCUGAGAUCCACAUGAGCAUUCCUGGGAGUGAGGCCAGUCUGGAGGGCUUGGUGCCAAACUCUUCAUACCGAAUCAGCCUGAGAGUGCUGGGCAGGAAUGGGAUGCGGAGCUGGGCUGUGACUCUUCUCUGCAACACUUCAGUGGAAGUCCUACCCCCACCGGUUCGAGCAGAUAUCCUCCAGUUCGAGGCUGGCUCCAGAGUUGUCAUCUCUUCUGACAUGUUCAGCGAGGAGAAUGGCCGGAUCCAGUAUUACGGUGUCAUCGCCACCACCAAUGAGUCAUUGCUGAGGCCCACCCAGGAGAUUGUGACCACCACCUGGUAUGACCAUUACUAUGGGCAGGAGGACUCAUACCUCGCUGUGCUUAUCCCCAAUCCUUUCCACCCAAGCCAUAGGAGCACUCCCAAAACAUGGGCCGUGCCAGUGGGAACGGAGGAGUGUGGCCAUUCCCGAAAGACCUGCAAUGGGAAGCUGAAGGCAAAUGUCCAGUACAGAUUCAGCAUUGCUGCUUUCACCAAAUAUGACCAGUUAGACCCUGCCGUGUCAUUCACAUCAUUUUCGGCUGCUGGUGCAGAUCCACCUCCUUUUCCAAUCCCAAUCGUGGCUGGAGUCAUCGUAGGUUUUCUCCUGACACUCAUAGCAAUCUUUGGAUUGAUCUACUGGAAGCGAGCACGAGCCAAAAGAAACAAGAAGAGUAACUUACCCCAAGAAAUGACAACUUACAGCUUGAGAAACGUGCAUCGGCCAGUUCCCAUACAGAGCUUCAAACAGUAUUACGAGAUGAAGACAGCAAAUGCCAACAAUGCUUUCUUCCAGGAGUUUGAGGAGCUGAAGGAGGUUGGGAAGGAGCAGCCUAAGGUGGAGGCAGAACUUCCUGCCAAUGCCUCCAAGAACAGACACCCACAUGUGCUGCCAUAUGACCACUCAAGAGUCAGGCUGAGCCAGCUGGAUGGGGAACCCCACUCUGACUACAUCAAUGCCAACUUUGUCCCUGGCUACACCUCCCAAAAGGAGUUUAUUGCCACCCAGGGACCUCUGAAGAAAACCAUCGAGGACUUCUGGAGGAUGGUCUGGGAGCAGAAUGUCUGUAAUAUUGUCAUGCUGACAGUGGGCAUGGAGAAUGGGCGGGUGCUGUGUGAUCACUACUGGCCCUCGGAAUCUGCUCCCGUCUCCUACAGGCAGAUCCGCGUCCACCUGCUGACCCAGAGCAGCUCUGAUGAGUGGACCACGCGUGAGUUCAAACUCUGGCAUGAGGGCCUAAAGGUGGAGAGAUGUGUGACCCAUCUACACUACACAGCUUGGCCUGACCAUGGCAUUCCUGAGUCCACAACUUCCAUUAUUGCCUUCAGGGAGCUGGUGCGAGAACACAUCCAGACUGCAAAGGAUUCUGGCCCAACACUGGUACACUGCAGUGCAGGAGUGGGCCGUUCUGGCACCUUCAUCGCCUUGGACCGGUUGCUGCAGCAGAUGAAGCAGGAGAAGGUGGUGGAUGUAUUUGGCACCAUUUAUUCCAUGCGGAUGAGCCGCUAUGCGAUGAUUCAGACUCUGGUCCAGUACAUCUUCCUGCAUAGCUGCAUCCUGGACAAGAUCUCAGAGGAACCACCAGUGGGCCUGUCUGGGACAGAGAUCUCCUGCCCCAUUCCUGUCAAAAGCUUCAUGCAGCAUUACACCCAGAAGUCAGCCAAAUCCAAAGCAGGCUUCCUGCGGGAGUAUGAGAUCCUUCUGGAGGUGGCAAAGGAUGAAGCCAGCUCUGCUGCACCCUUUGUAGGCAGCCAGCAGACCCAUCCCUGUUCCGGUAUUCUGGCAUAUGAUCGUGCCAGGAUUAAGUUUUCACCGCUGGAACAAGGCCCCUUCUCGGAUGUCUUCCAGGCAUGGCUCAUCCCGGGCUGCAAUUCAGCGAGAGACUAUCUAGCCAUCCAAGGGCCAGACAAAGUGACCAUGGAGGACUUCUGGAGCCUGGUGUGGGAACAUGGGGUCCACACCAUAGUAACCUUGCUGUCAUGUCCAGAGAAGGACCAGGUCCCAAGCGAGGUAUGCUGGCCCCUGGACGGUGACCCAGUCUGCACUGAGAUGCUGACCAUCCAGCGCGGCACGGAGAAGCACAUCUCGGGAUGGAGGUGCAUCCAGCUCAAGCUGAAACACGAAAAGAAAGUGAAGGAGAGGCAGGUGCAGCGAUUCCUGUACCCACUAUGGGGGCGCAAGCAGCAGCCGGACGCCCGUGCCCUGGUGGAGUUCCUUGCUGCCGUCAGACGCCACACGCCCCACAGGAAGAGAGCUGGUCCUCUGCUCCUGCACUGCAGCAGUGGCGUGGGCCAGAUGGGGACGCUGAUCGCCCUGGACAGCCUGUUGCAUCAGCUGAAAGUGGAGCGGAGCGUGGAUGUCUAUGGGGUCACCCUCCGGCUGAUGAGGAGCUGCUGCCUCAUGACACCAACACUGGACCAGUAUAUGUUCCUGUACAUGUGCAUCCGGGACAUCCUUGCGCAAAGACUGCCCUAAAAAGAGCACAGCGGUUUCUGCCACAACCCUGUGCCUUUACUCCUGAUUUUGCUUCUGAAAAGGUGCUGGGCUGUGCGGGGAACAGAGCAUUGCAGGACUGUUUGCACAAACGAGGCAAGGCUUCCAUUUGCAGAGAAGAGGAUCUGCAUGGGCCAGAGACCACAGUCCCCUCCCCAUCCCUGGAAGUGUGUUUGGAUCCUGAGGUAGGGCUUAGCACACAUCAUCUCACAUUCUCCAUCUCUUCCAAGGAGCAUGUACUAGAAGAGCCUAAUUCCCAUAUGCACUCUGCACCAGUCUCCCCUGGGGCCACCAUUCUCCUGCCAUAAGCAAUGCUGCCAGCCCUCAUGGUGCAAGCACUGAGUGGGUGUUGAGGGGCCAUCUGGGAUUCAACACCUCCUUGCUGCCUUGACGUCUCCUGGGAUUCCUGGCACUCUGGAAAUGUCAUUAAUGCAGUUACUGUGAUAGGUCGUCCAGGAUGCCAGGGCCAGACUUACUGCUGUUCUUCCUCUGCCAAGCUUUGUCAUCCAGCACUGUCCUGCAGCCAGCAAGUCCUGCUGAGCAGGCUGAUCUCUGAAGAUGCUUGUGUCCAGGAGAAGGGCUGGGGCCUGCAGGCUCUACCCACUUCUCAGAAUACUGAGGGGACAUCCUGCGCAUGCAGUGACUCAGCUCGGGCACAGUGGAAACGGGCCUCUCACAACCAAUGAAUUGCUGAGCACUGGCUAUGGAUAAUAAAGAAAACUGCCUUAGAGAACCUUGAAAGGAGGGGUGUUGACUUGCAAGGUCCUGGACCUUCCAACAAGCCAGGCUGGGGCGCAUGUUCCCCAGUGGUGGGCACCAGCCAGGACCAUGGUGUUCACAGGGCUUCUGAGCGCUGCCUGCAUACACCAGUUGCUGUCAGAGCACGAUACUUGUGUCUGUGCAGAUGCUCCCUGAGCUGAGAACCAAGUUCUGGAAGAGGAGACCUCCCCAGCCAGCCCUGAGCCCAAAGACAACAGGGACAGGAGGUGCUAUCAGCACAGCCUGCAGGGAGCUCUCAUCUACCUCCCGCUGCUGGGAGGAGGAGCAGGACUCUUGUUCUUCCUGGCAGCAUCACGUCUCAUGCUAGAGUCCUCUCUAUCCCCCUAUCCUUAGAGCCUGUUUCGUGAUCUCUGUUAAGGUUAAUGUGGAAGAAAUAUUGCACCGGCUAAAAUUA